GAUCGAACUCGUGCUGCAGAGGCUGCGGACAGCUUCAGAGUGCGGAGACUUAAUCACCUACACCACCAGGGAGGGCCUCCAGUUUUAUUUUUUAAGCACCUCCCGGGCUCUGCACCUCCAGCUUUUAGUCCUACGGAUUCAUUUUUCCGCUCGGUGCUGCGGAAUAUGCCCGGCGCUGCGCUUCAUUUUGAAUCGAAUUCACAAGCAGUUCUCGAGUAAAGGAGACACAGCAGAGUGCAGGGCAUCAGACACCCCACCCUGCUCGGCGCCCGCGGCGUGGACCACGGAUGCCGCAGGAGCCCCUGCAGGUGCCAUGACGCAGCAGCCCCAGGAGGGCUUUGACAGGAGCGUGCAGGAGGCCCGGGAGUGGAUGAAGGCCGUGCAGGAGCGGCUGCAGAUCAACGACAACACCCAGGGUCCCCGGGCUGCCCUGGAGGCCAGGCUUCGGGAGACAGAGAAAAUAUGCCAGCUGGAGCCCGAGGGGCGAGUAAAGGUGGACCUGGUGCUGCGGGCAGCCGAGGUUCUCCUGCUGAGCUGCAACGACCUCCAGAGGCCCGAGAUUCUGGCCCGGCUGAGGGACAUCAAGGCCCAGUGGGAGGAGACGGUCACCUACAUGACUCAUUGCCACAGCCGCAUCGAGUGGGUGUGGCUGCACUGGAGCGAAUACCUGCUGGCCCAGGAUGAGUUCUACCGCUGGUUCCAGAAGAUGCUGGUGUUACUGGAGCCCCCCGUGGAGCUGCAGCUGGGCCUGAAGGAAAAGCAGUGGCAGCUGAGCCACGCCCAGGUGCUGCUGCAGAACGUGCACCACCAGGCGGUGCUCCUAGACCGGCUGCUGGAGGAGGCGGCCUCCCUCUUCAACAGGAUCGGGGACCCCAGUGUGGACGAAGACGCGCAGAAGAGGAUGAAGGCCGAGUACCACGCCGUGAAGACGAAAGCCCAGGAGAGGGUGGCGCUGCUGGAGCAGGUGGCCCAGGAGCACGAGCAUUUCCAGACCCGCGUGGACGACUUCCAGCUGUGGCUGAAGGCGGUGGUGGACAAGGUGAACAGCUGCCUGGGGCGGAAGUGUACGCUGACCGCGGAGCACCGUCUCUCUGCACUACAGGACAUGGCCAAAGAUUUCAGCAGGUCUGAGGACUCUUUGAAGAGGCUGGAGGAGCAGGCUGCAGGGGUUAUCCAGAACACCUCUCCCUUGGGUGCAGAGAAGAUCACUGUAGAACUGGAAGAGAUGCGGAAAAUUCUGGAGAAGCUGCGAGUCCUCUGGGAAGAGGAGCAGGGGCAGCUGCGGAGCCUGCCCAAGUCCGAAGGGGCCCGGGAGCUGCAGGUCCGGCAGCUGGAGGCUGAGCUGGCAGAGUUCAAGAAGGACCUACAGAAGCUGGCUGAGGAGGGCCUGGAGCCCACAGCCAAGGCAGCGUCCGAGGACGAGCUGGUGGCCCGCUGGAGGCGCUACUCGGUGAACAGGGCGGCACUGGCAGCCGAGGAGCCCCGGGUGGACAGGCUGCAGGCCCAGCUGAAGGAGCUCAUGGUCUUCCCCAAUGACCUGCAACAGCUCUCCGACAGCCUUGUGGCAGCCAUCCAGGAGUACCAGAGCAUGAAGGGCAAGACCACCAGGCUACGCAACGGCGCGGAGGUGGAGCUGUGGCAGCGCUUCCAGCGGCCCCUGCAGGACCUGCAGCUGUGGAGGGCCCUGGCCCAGAGGCUCCUGGACGUCACCGCCAGCCUGCCGGACCUGCCCUCCAUCCAUACCUUCCUGCCCCAGCUUGAGGCGGCGCUGGCGGAGAGCUCCCGCCUGAAGGAGCAGCUGACGAUGCUGCAGCUGAAGAGAGACCUGUUGGGCAGCAUCUUUGGCCCAGAGAGAGCCGCGGCCCUGCUGGAGCAGGUGGUGAGCUCCGUGAGAGACCGAGACCUGCUGCACAACAGCCUUCUGCAGAGGAAGAGCAAACUGCAGAGUUUGCUUGCUCAGCACAAAGAUUUUGGGGCGGCUUUUGAGCCCUUGCAGAGAAAGCUCUGGGACCUCCAAAUCAGGGUCCAAGCCGAGGAUGGGCUUCAGUGGGACCUUCCUGGGAAGCAGGCCCAGCUUUCAAGGUUGCAGGGCCUGCAGGAAGAGGGGCUGGACCUGGGGGCGCAGGUGGAGGCUGCGAGGCCUCUCAUCCAGGGGAACCUUGGCCAGCAGCACAAGAUGGACCAGCUUUCUGCCGACUGCCAGGCCCUGCAGAGGACACUGGAGGACCUGGUGGAUGCAUGCAGACAGCGCGUGCGGGAACACUGCGCCUUCAGCCACAAGCUGCUGGAGCUGAGACAGUGGAUGGCCGCAGUCACUCAGAAACUGGAGUCAUACCGGGGGGAUGCAGGCCCUUGGGAUGCUGAGUCCCGGGAGGUCCUAGUCCAGAGGCUGCUGGCUGAGUUCCCGGAGAGGGAGGCCCAGCUGCUCCUGAUCGAAGCACAGGGCCGGCUGGUGAUGAAGAAUUCCUCCCGGGAAGGGGCCACUGCGGUGCAGCUGGAGCUGGCGGAGCUGGCAGAGUCCUGGCAGGCCCUGAAGCUGCUGGAGGAGAGCCUGCUGAGCCUCAUCAGAAACCAGAAGAUGCAAAGGACAGAAGUGGAUUCUGGGAAGAAAAUGGUUUUCACCAACAACAUCCCAAAGGCUGGAUUUCUCAUCAACCCCCUGGAUCCCAUUCCCAGGCAUCGCCGCCAGGCAAACCUUCUGCAGGAAGAAGGCAGCAACCGUGAAGAUUUCCCCCAGCUCCUGAGGAACUUUGAACAGUGGUUGCAGGUAGAAAAUUCCAAGUUGGUUCGAAUCAUCGCCAUGAAAACUGCCACAGCCCAGGACGUGAGGACCAGAGAAAUGAAGCUGCAGGACCUGGAGGCUCGGGUACCAGAAGGUCAGCAGCUCUUUGAGAAUCUUCUUCAUCUUGGACCAGCGAGGGGGACUUCAGAUGAGUUGGAGGACCUGCGCUACCGGUGGAUGCUGUACAAGUCCAAACUCAAGGACUCCAGACAUCUGCUGACGCAGAGUUCUCCAGGGGAGCCGACUGGAUUCCAGAAGACUCGGCGGCGAGGGCUGGGCUCCUGCUUCUGGAAGGUGUGCCGUGUGGCGCUGCCCCUGCAGCUGCUGCUACUGCUGCUGCUGCUGCUGCUCUUCAUGCUGCCCGCCGGGCGCGAAGGCCGCAGCUGCACCCUGGCCAACACCUUCGCCCGCUCCUUCCGGCUCAUGCUGCGCUACCAUGGCCCCCCGCCCACCUAGCCCCACAGCCCCGGGUGGCCUUCCGGCCUCCGCUGCAGCCGUUGCUCAGGGCUCCCAUGAGGACACCGGGACACUGGGCAGUGUCAGGUCAGCCUGACUCUGGACCUGAGGCCACAUCAGGGUAACUACUGUAGCGAUGCCCCGGGACAAAGGACUUUUUAUACAGUGUUGUGUCGGUCUAUUUAUACCAAAUGUGGACUGUGUGUGACGAGAGAAUAAUGUAUAGAAUUUUUAUAUGCGCUAUGGAAAUGCUCGGUAUGUAUAGUUUUAUAUGAGAUCUCCAUUGGUAGGGGGAGCCCCUAGCGGCCCUCUGGUCUGAUUUUCCCCCUUAGCCUGUCUUUGCCCUGGAAAGCGGGCACUGUAGCCUUCUCUGGAAAUCUAGGCAGAAGCCCAAACCCUGAUGUUAAGUGAAAAGGUGUCUGAGCUGUGACCCCAGAGGAGCUGUGCAGGCCUCAUGCAGCGCCCAGGGACUCUGCAAGAACCACCUGCGGGUCCAGCACUCCCAAGGGCAGCGGAAGGCCCGCUGUGGAUCGGGACCAUGAAGGCAGGCCCAGUGACGGCAGGAAAAGUAGAGCGACACCCAGGGAGGACAGGCAGAGGGCAGCUCAGCCCUGCAGAAGCACAAUGGAAGGGCCUGCACCCCACUGCUCAGUGCAGACCAAGCCCCCCGCCGAGGCUCCAGGACAGGGUCACACCCUGCUUGGAUCGUUCUGCUGUGGGAGAAAGGAGGUGACAGACUCGGUGGUCAGCGUUCCACAGCCGCAGCCCGGCUGUCAGGGAGACUGUGCCUCCCCACUAUCGGGCUGAGUGUGCAUCGCCAGCGACUCCCCCUGAAGGGACACGAGGUGGGUGCCUGCCCCACCAGGGACCAGGGAACAAGGGCCCAAGACAUGGAGCAGCUCCUGAGGGCCUCACCCUCCAUGUUGGGAAGAGGCUGGUCCUCUGUGCCAAGCACGUCCCCACCAGGGGCCCAGGGCCCAAACCCAGGUCUAGGCCAGCGAGGCCUGACACACCGGGGAGCGCCCUGAGGCUGGACACACGUCCCCGCCUCCUGGGGAUUCCAAAGGGUCCUAAGUGCUUUAUAACUGGAUCACUACAUCAACAUGAUGGUUUCCUUUUAAAGAAAAUGCGUGGUGCCUGCUCUUUACAAAUCGAGGUUCUCUGUUCAGCUGCAACCAGGAGGCCAAGAAGGGAUUCUUCAGGCCUUUGGAUUCAAGAGGUGGUAGAGCCAGAAAGGCCCUUUACACCAAGGGGAAACUGAGGGCCCGGGAAGAGUCGGCCCGACCCGGAGCCCUCCCGGCUGCCUUCAGUUCACCCACCCCCUUGUCUAGCCCCAGCCCUGCCCUAGGCCCCUGCAGAGAGGAAGGAGAAGCCGGGCCUCUGGCAGGAACUGCUGAGGACAGUGUUGGGCGCUGACCCGGGACCCAGGCUCCUCUUGCCUAUUGAGAAGUCAAGCCUCCGGCCGGUGUCCCCACAAGUGACCACUUCCCUGGAAACCGGGCCUAGCAGUCGUGCCCAGGUGCUCCCUGGUUGCCAUCAGACCUGGAAGGUGAUGCCACUCCCGCUCUGCCCCUCCAUAGGCUGGAUGGCUGAGGCCCAGAGAGGGGAAUUAACGUCCCCAGGGCCACACAGCAAGAGAGCAAGUCCAGAGUUGACCCCGGUCACCACUGCCCCCUGGUGGUGCCCUGCCCAACCCCCUCAUACCAGUAGCUUCCUAAAGAAGAGCAGGCUACCUGCUGUCAGGUGUGCUACCUGCUAUCAGGUGUGCUACCUGCUGACAGGUGUGCUACCUGCUGUCAGGUGUGCUACCUGCUGACAGGUGUGCUACCUGUGGGGAGGGAGCAGCUGUGCCUUGUGGCCUGGGGAUGGUGGGGGUUGUCUCUAUAUUUUUUAAACUUUGAUAAUAAUACCAUAGAAUCUGCUUGUUUGCAUACCUUUUUUAAAAAAGAAAAUUGAUAUUUUCAUGACUUUCGUAUAAAUACAGUUGUAAUAUAUAACAAGCUAUUCACUGGUGCUUGUCAAGUGUAUUCUUCUUUGCUUAAGGCACGUGCAAUUAUUUUUAUGACUUUCUAGCUUCUGGAACAGCCACGACCAAGAGCCUGGAAGUGCCAUCAGGCACAGCAGUGGGCGCUGCCUGUGUUUAUCCCGC